AUGGAUCUUUCUCAACUUCCGGACAUCACUGGCUUGCUUGUCAGGCCAGAUAACCCUCCACGAGAUGAUGUCGAAGGGAUGGAUUACCCACGAUGUGCAGCUCUAUACAACUAUCUGGUCCAAUAUUCCUGGCUCGCUGAAGGUCGUCCGCUGGCAACUCUGAAUGAAAAUAGUGCCAACUUUUUCACGGCUUUCGGUGCUGAAGCUGAAGCUCUUCGUCCAAGGCUUCAUCCGUCACUGGUGGCUUUCCUUGACACCGCUAUGAUACCUCCUAGUGAUAGCCCUGACCAGUUUCCCCCGCCACUCUCUAUUUUCGCUUGGGGGCUCCCUACGCCAGACGACUUUAUUGAGGAAUUUGUAGCUGAUCUUCAAGACCAGCCGGUUGAUAGCCUGGUGCGCUUGAGUCCUGUGGGUUUAUCGGGCGAGGGCAGCGGUGGCGGUGUUAUCUACCACCAACGCUUCCAUCGCGUCGCGGUCUUCAUGCAUCUUGAUUCCUAUGACUACGGGUUCCCAGUUGAGGAUCAUCCAGACAUUUGGAACACACUAGAGACAGUGCUCUCCCACUGGAUCGACCUUAUUCAGCUUGGAAAAGUUGUGGCUUCGCCUCAUGAAGAGCCAGCCCUAUUCGACUUCGAGAAGAUCGGGCCCUGGGAGUGGCGCCCCUACAGCGAAGCCCAGGUUACUACGUGUGUCGGCGCGUGGAAUCGACUGUGUCGGGCCAUUGAGGCGCGCAUCUCACAGCUGCCAAACCCACCAUCACUGAUCGGCCCCAUUUCCGAGAUUGAUGCGGACAAUCCGGAGCCACUGGUCGUAUCAACCGUCCUAAAUGCCGCUUCGGUGCCCGAUCCUUCCUUUGCGCGUUCGUUUCUGACGCGCGCGAGACGCCCCCGGUUCCACUACAUCGCUCCGGGCCUUCUCUUGCCUCCAGCCGACUCGUCUGGGUUUGUGGCAGCACAGCCAUUUGCCGUCUUACCCCGCUCUCAGCACGCCGCACCGCCAGUGUGCCUUUUCCCCGCUGAAGGCGGAGACCAGCGUCCUAUCCAGCUCACGAGAACAACAACUCCAUUUUUAUUGUUGGAUUACUAUUCAAUGUCCACCGAUACGCUCACACCGUCUCGCAUCUCCGCAGGCCUGUAUACCGCGGCGGUGGAGAGAAACGGUCUUGACACGGCCGAGGACGGAUUUCGGCUUUUGCUUCCAUUCACCCUUAAUGAUGGUUGGGGCAGGAGCGUAGGCGCACGAAGAAGCGAUGGGGAGCUUGCUGAUAAGGGAAGCUUCGCAGACCUCUUUCAGCAUGGAUUCAAGCCUUUUGGUGGUGACUACUACCGCCCUCAGCGGUUGGAGCGUUUGUUGGAUUGUUGGCACAAGCUGGUUGAUGAAGGCGUCUGGUCUGUUGGGCCGAAAGGGGUAGAAGGUACUAUUGAUACUUUCAAAGAUGCUGAGUCGGAUCGUUGGGAGGAUUAUUAUAUCCCUCCAACAUGGUAG